AUGUCCCUCACCCAAUGGACCACCCCCCUAACGGGCCUCUCCUCGCUCACCAAAUCCACCACCAACAUUCCGAUCCCAACUCCAGGAGAUCACGAAGUCCUCGUUGAGAUCCACGCCGUAUCUCUCAAUUACCGCGAUGUCGAAGUAACAAAAGGCGAAUACACCCACCACAAAUCCACCUCGACCUCCACCCCCGAGCACAAAGUCCCCUGCUCCGACAUGUGCGGCACCAUCACACGCAUCGGCCCCAACGUGACCCGCUUCCAGCCCGGUGAUCGCGUCCUCUCGACCUUCCUACCCGAUCACAUCACCGGCCAAGUCACCGAGAAGGAACUGGCGAAUGGGCUGGGACAUCCCCAGCCCGGGGUGUUGGCGACACACAGGGUGUUUCCCGAACAUGGGCUUGUGAAGGCCCCCGGGCAUCUGGGCGAUGUGGAGGCGAGUACGCUGCCCAUUGCGAGUGUCACGGCUUGGAUGAGUUUGGAGGAGAGGAUUAAGUUGAGGAAUGGACGGGGCUCGGGCGAGGGUGGGGAGGUCGUGGUGCUGUUGCAGGGGACUGGGGGGGUCGCGGUCGCCGGGUUGCAGAUUGCGAAGGGGUUGGGGGCUAUUGUGAUUAUUACGUCCUCGUCGGAUGAGAAGUUGGAGAAAGCGAAGGCGCUGGGUGCGGACUACACUAUCAACUAUCGGACUACGCCGGACUGGGAUCAGGAGGUCCUGCGGAUUACGAAGGGGAAGGGGGUGGAUGUUAUUCUUGAGACUGGGGGUGCGCGGACGCUGAGGAAGAGUUUCGAGUGUAUUGCUUUCGGGGGAUUGAUUAACUGCAUUGGGUAUCUGUCCGGCAAAGUGGAUGAUCCGGAGGAUCGGAUUAAUGUCAAUCUGCUGGCGCUGAGACGGACGGUUACACUGCAGGGGAUUAUUAAUGGUCCGAGGGAUCGAUUUGAGGAGAUGGUGGCGUUCUAUGAGGAGAAGGGCAUUAAGCCGGUGGUUUCCAAGGUGUUUGGGUUUGGGGAGGCUGAUCAGGCGUUUAGGUUCUUGGAGAGUGGAGGGCAUUUUGGGAAGGUUGUUAUUCGGGUUCCUUGA